ACUGGCUCGCGGUGGGCCCUCUCCGCAGCGGUUAGCGAAUUUUCAAACAUGGUGAUGCCCUGGUGGCUGCUGCUCAUCUUUCUGAAGCAUUCAUCGAAAGUGACACCCGACUCCUUCAGCUACUCAAACGCGGACGAGUGGAAGGAUGCCUUCCCGAUGUGCGGCGGCCCGAUGCAGUCGCCGAUUUCACUGAAGCCCAACCGCCUGACACUCAGCAGGACGCCGAAACUGAAGUUCGCCGACGGUCUGGAGGACGGAGAGAUCGAGGCUGUCAACACCGGCCGAGAAAUCAAGCUGAAAUUGCGCCCCAGAAACCGCGACGAGCCUUUGGUGCAGCUUAUCUCCUUCAGCAAGCCGAUGGUGGGCGUCUACACCCUUGCCCAGAUGCACUUCCACUGGGGACCUGAACCACGCAGCCCCGGCUCGGAGCACGCUAUCUCCGACAAGUUCACCGACGCUGAGGCUCACUUUGUCUUCUUCAACAACCGCUACGGCAAUUUCAAGGAGGCCGUGCGCCACUUCGACGGUCUGCUGGUACUGGGCGUGAUGCUGCACGGCUCGGAUGAUGAACAGCAGUUUAUGUUCCCUACGCUGGGCAUGGAGACCCAGCUGGACUCUAUCUCAGUGCCGGGCCGGCGACUGAUCAUCAACUCCGACCUGAACAGCUUCCGCACGCUUCUGCGCCGUGCAGUCAGCAAGUUCUUCAGCUACCACGGCAGUCUGACCACGCCGCCCUGCAACCCUGUGGUCUCCUGGAUGGUGUCAGCCAAGACAAUUCCUGUCAGCAAUGCGUUUCUCAAUAACGUGCGCACGAAAAUCUACGAGGAUGAAAGCAAGAAGGGGCUUCUCGUGAAAAACCGCAGACCGGUCCAGCCUCAGCUGGGCCGCGUGGUAACUCAGCACAUCAGCAUCGGAUAAGCGACCGUGCAAGUGAAACGGGCCUCAAGCAGUGCAAUGAGUUGACCAUAACCGUGAUAUGAACAGAAAGCGACGCAAGACGUUCGUCUCCUGGUUUGAUGACAAAGCCGUCGUUUGGAGAAUCUUGUCAAAUUCGCGUGGCUCAACGGGGCAAUAUUUGGUUUGGGAGUGUUUUGAUGCAUGUGGAAAUGCGACCAAUGAUUCGCUUGAUAUGUGCAUGGCAUGGUGUAAUACGAACGACGUAGACGCGAAAGUCUUACCAUUGAUCAUAUCGAAUUUUUAAGUGGAGUGUUGUAAAGUACCAGCGUGUGUUGUUGUUGAAAUGUACAAAUGGCAUCGAGAGCUCUGGAAAUAUCAUGUCGAAAUAUCGCCCUGUCAUCUUUGUCAUAUCAUGCUGAUCAUAGUGCGCUGGCCGCCACACUGUAAAUACAUGAC